GAUCACAACGCCCCCUUUUUCUCUAUAAAAUAAACUUCUAAAAAAUGAAAAUAAAAAAAUUGAAAAUAAUCAAAUUACGAACAUGGAUCAGAAAUAUAAACCAAUAUAUGCCGAAGCAUCAGGAAAUACUUUUCUAAUUUUCGAUUAUUUAGACAAAUACGAACAUGAUUUUGAUGAAAACAUUAUUCGUCAACAUCAUAAAUCAUAUGGUUUUGAAAAAAUCGAUUCUUGCCUUGUUCUCACGAAAGUCAAUAAUGAAGAACAUAUUCCAACUCAGCUUCAUGACCUAAACUCUGUUCUCUUAAUGAGGAUGUAUGUUUAUGAACCAGGUGACGGAUUUUGUGGUAACGGAGCCAGAGCUGUUUCAAAAUAUUGCUUUCAUCAUUAUAGAAAAUUGUAUAAUCAAUUUAUUAUUUCAACCGAUGGUUGGUUGCAUGAACUACUUGAACGAGGUGAACAUGAACAGGAUGAACAAGAUGUUGAAUAUCUUGUUGAAAUGGGCGAAUCGUUGUAUCA